AAUUUAUUAGGUUUAUUUCACCACAGUCAAUCGUUUAGCUAAGAAAUUUCAAAUUACACAAAAAUGAAACGGUUGACUUUUUUUAUCUGUGUGGUUGUGUGCUCAUUACAAUUUACAAGCACUAAUGCACACAUCAAGCCAAUUGAUUUUGGAUCAUUAUCACCUCUUUUACCAAUACCGGAAAUCAACAGUAAUACUUUAAAUGAUGCGGUAACUAAGAUCGCAAGUAAAAAAUUGAUCGCUUUUAUGACGUUCCUAUCGUCGCAUCCCGACCAUUUAUGUAUCAUCCCACCGCAAAUUAUUGUUAAAUUACUGACUAAGAUCGCCUGUAAUCCAAGUUUAUUUAAUUCUAUACCACAUCAUGUACUUUCCGGCUUCAUGUCCGCGAUGGCCAUAAGCCCAACUUUAGUUCAGUCUAUACCUCCAGCUAUCCUCCAAUCAAUUAAUACUUCUAUUUCCUCCUUAACAUCUUUAACUCCGCCACCUGUGCCGGCACUACCACCAUCAGUUGUGCCAUCGCUUCCAAUUGCACUUCCACCACCAGUUGUGCCAUCGCUUCCAUCACCAGUUGUGCCAUCGCUUCCACCACCAGUUAUACCAUCGCUUCCACCGCCAGUUGUACCAUCGCUUCCACCGCCAGUUGUACCAUCGCUUCCACCGGCACUUCCACCACCAGUUGUGCCAUCACUACCACCGGUGCUUCCACCACCAGUUGUGCCAUCACCUCCGUUGCCCCCGUUGGCCCCGUUGCCUCCGUUGGCUCCAUUGGCCCCGUCGGCCCCGUUAGCCCCGUUGCCACCGUUGGCUCCAUUGGCCCCGUUGGCCCCGUCGGCCCCUUUACCUUUGCCAAAUCCUUUGGCACCCACCCCAACCAUCGCUACAACUCUCGCCGUGCCUGCUCCACCACCGGUAGUCAUUGCUCCACCACCAGCACUCGGACCGUUAGUAGUCCAACUACCAUCGAAAGCUGGCAAGGCACCCCCACUCGUCGUUCCCGCAGGGCCAGCGCCUAACUUGAUCGUCAAAGUCAAACCAAGCCCACCACCUGCUCCUAUCAUUCUACCCUCUGCUGCACCUGGUCCGAUUAUAAUCAACGACGGCACUUUGGUCAAGAAGCCGUCUAUUACGUUAGCCCCAUCUCCAGCUGCACCAAACAUAUACUUCGCUUUAUCAGCGCCAGCACCUCCUUCACCGGUGUUGCUACCUCCUGGACCGUUGCCCAAAGUGUUUUUCAAUCCCGGUUAUUUCAUCCAGAAACCUGACAUCGUUCUACAAUCCCCGGUUGGUUUACCGAAAUUGUUCUUAAUUCCUCCUCCUGGCCCAUUACCAGGUCCGAUUUACCCACCAUGCCUUCCUGCCAAGUUACCUCCACUGCUGGGUGUUGUUCCACCAUGCAAAUAA